AAUUCAAUCUUAUAAUACCAGUAGGAUUUGAUAAAGAUAAAGGUACUGAUAUUUAAAAGUCAAUUUAAAAUAUCAUAUUCACAGUUCUUCUAUUUCUUGCAUGUUUAACAUGCGUGUUAUUAUUCUUUUAGCUCUUUUGGGUGCAGCGCUUGCUGCGCCCAACAACCCGAGCCGCAUAGUUGGUGGCUCAGCCACUACCAUCCAAAAUUACCCUUACAUGUCCAACAUGCAGUUCCUUUGGUGGGAUUUCUUCUGGGCACAGACAUGUGGAGGAUCCUUGCUCACUCCUUACUCAGUACUCUCGGCAGCACACUGCUUCUAUGGUGACGAAGCCUCGCAAUGGCGUGUAGUCCUCGGAAGCACAUGGGGAAACAGUGGCGGCAUUCCUCACCCGGUCAGCCAGCUAGUGUUACACCCACAAUACGAUCGUGUCACUUUGGACCAUGACAUCGCCAUUGUACGCCUCAGCAGGCCCGCCGUGUAUUCUGACAUAGUCCAACCUGCCAGUAUCGCUGGCGCUAAUUAUAACCUCGCCGAUGGCACCGUCGUCGAAGUUAUUGGAUGGGGCGCAAUUUGGGCCGACGGCCCAUCCUCUCAGCAACUCAUGCACGCGGACAUCAACAUCAUCAACCAGCAGCUGUGUGCUGAGCGCUACGCCUACCUGAAGACCCAGCCCGGCUACCAAAACUGGCCUGACAUCACCGACAACAUGCUGUGCGCCGGUAUCUUAAACGUCGGAGGCAAGGACGCCUGCCAGGGAGACUCUGGCGGUCCCCUCGCUCACAACCACAAUGUCAUCGUUGGUGUUGUCUCUUGGGGUUACGAAUGCGCUGAUUCAUUCUACCCUGGUGUCAAUGUUCGUGUUUCAAGAUAUGCAAGCUGGAUUUCAGCCAACGCAUAAAUUUAUAUUCGAUUAAGAAUAAAGGAUACUGAAAUGAAUGAACUGUUCCUAUCUGCAGUUUAUUUAUUUAUGUCGCAAUUAUAGAUCUUUAACUGAAUACUUAUUAAAUUAGAUUUAAGUAAUGAUUAAGUAUAACUUUGUUUUAUUUUAUGAGUCUUUCCAAUGUACUUACCUAUUGUACCUAAAGCACCAUUGUUUUUGAUUUAAAAUAAAAUUGGCAAUUUUGUA